AUGCCGACCGCCCUGUCGGAUUUUGACCAAAUUGACAACAGCACUUCGUUGAGCAAGAGGACUCUCCCGAAUUUUCAGACAGAGUAUCUCACUCCUGGGCGUGACUUCAUCGACGCCUACAAUGCUUUCUUUGCAGCGAAUGCGUACGCAAAUGGUGUUCUGGUUGUGCCGCACCGCGAUGGUAUCGACUCUAUAGACAUCUCGACGUCUGGACUGGUCCGGGAAUUUGUCGCAAAUCAGAGACUGUACAUGACGGUGAGAGGCUUAUACGGCUGUUCUUCCCUCAUCGUCAUAUCACGUAGAGGUGUCUAUAUGAAUCAUAUGUAUGAAGUCCCAUCGUUCUUAAGCGUGCAAUAUGACUCGGAUGGAAAACCUUCCAAACACUGGCCCGCGCCAGAUGCUGUCUUCGACCACCAUGUCUCAAAUCCCUUGGCUGACGGGGACAGCAGAAUCAUUCCACGUCCCGGUUACGCUAAUGAACAUUGGCUGCCAAGCCUCCGUGCCUUGCGAGCCAACGUCUUCGAUCCCACUCAACCUGGUGGUGUCAGAGCUUUCGUCCUUUCCCCUCGUGAUAGCACGACAGGCCAGCCGAGGUAUCAGACUCGUAUGAACGACAUCUCGGAUCAGGUCCAGAACACAUUGGGUAUCACUGAUGUGAACGGCAUUGUCUAUGAUCGCGUUGAUCGAGUUGCCGCCACUGAUGCCCAGCAGGCCAUAGGCAAGGUCCUAUUCAUGUUCGACCCGGCGCAGGACGAGGUAGAAGAUCCUGACAUGAUCGAGGAUGGUCUUCCUAUGAAGUGCCAAAUCCGAACUGCGCGAUGGAAUUUAUGGAUUGGUGACACCCCGAAAAACAUCGUGCCGUUUCGCUCUGACGAAUGGGCAAUUGCCCCGAGUUGGCUGGAUGAGUUUCCUAUUGUCGGUCCUGGGCUGCAGUUGGACAAGGUCCCGAGUGCGUGCUCUCAUAUAAGUAAUACGAGCAGCGCCUCAAUUGCUGCAUCCACUUCGGGCACAUCUAAAAAGCCCACGAGCACGCCAUCAACUUUCAGUACUGUCACCAUCUCGAGCGUAUCGUCUUCAGCUACUAGCGUAUACACAAGCUCCGGCUCUACUUCUUCUUCCAGAAACAGCGUCUACUCAACCACGACAUUGUCAAGCUCUAGUACCUUCACGAGCACCAUUCACUCCACUACUGCUACCACAGCUGCGACAUCUAUCACGUCUUGCGCGCUAUACACUGCCGCUGCGCUAACAUUCGGGGAGAUUACCAAUCCCGCAGUGACGGGAUGUUCCUGCAAUGAUGAAGUGGUUGUCGGGCUCGUGACUGUCUCGGCAGGUUUCGACAUCUAUAACGUGGUAUGCGAGGCUCCGGGCUCGAAGACUUUUGUUGUCAGUACCUACAUCACAACGAGAACAAACACAUCGCAUCUCUCGGCCACAUCGACUGCUCUGCCUUCGGGCUUCACGCCUGAGUCACCUCAGGCUACGCCUACGAUGCCUUCUGAUCCGGGAGUUGUGGCUUCCAGCGCAACUGCUUUGUCGGGCAUCACAAUUGUGACACCGUCGAGAACAAGCACGAACACUGAUAACAUUGUGCCGGUACCCACUUCGACAAACAGCGACAAUGGUGAUGAGUGUAAUCCUGCUGGGAUUGGACCAGGGGGCUGUCAUAGUAGUGUGGCGGUAUCGACGUCCACGAGUAGAGAUUUCGGGCUCGAAUGCGCUCGGGGUGUCGGACCCAAUGGUUGUCAUACUAUAGGCUGA